GAGAACAAGAACAAGACAAAAAUAGCAUUAAUACAAAUUUGUCCAGUGGAGGAAGAGAUUCAACGUGUCGAGCAUCGGAUAUCAAGCAUGUCUGUCCUCAUCUUGGCAGCUCUGCUUUCCUCUGUGACAUGUAGCAGUGCUGACAUAAGUGCCUCAGCCUGGGGACGACAACACUGUGUCAGUGGAUACUGUGUCACUCUCAAUGAGGGAGAAGUAACAGUAGAGGCUGGGCUCUGUGUUGUGAUCCCGUGUUCUUAUAGGACUGGUGAUGGCUUUACACCUAAACAUAUAGCUUGGUAUAAAUGUGAAGUAUCUGAACCAAGAUGUGGUAAUCCAAUCAUGAUAUUUCACACCAACAACAGCAUUAAAGUUCAAUCUGGGUUUAAAGCCCGAGUGUCCUUUUUGGAGCCUGAUCUGAGCCAGAACAACUGCAGCAUCUUCAUUAAUAAGCUAAAACAGUCUGAUUCUGGAUCAUAUCACCUCAGAGUUACUGGUGAACUGAAUGGAAAACCUGAUGGAUUUUCAUUCUCUCCAAGAGUGACUGUUUAUGUAAAAGGUUUUAAGCUGAAGCCCACAGUAAUGAUUCCCACACUGACUGAGGGACAGCAGGCCACACUGACCUGCACUGCUCCUGAUCUCUGCUCUGGAUCUGUUCCUGAAAUCACCUGGACAUGGAGAGGAGCAGGAGGGACUGAAUCUUACAUUACAGGAAACAGCACUGAUUACAAGACUGAGAAUCUGACUGAUGCAACACAGAGUCCUGUCUCAACUUUGACCUUUAACCCAUCAGCUAAACAUCACAACACGAACGUCACCUGUAAGAUCAGUUUUACAGGUGAAACAAUUACAGAAGAGACUUCAACCUUGAAUGUGAACUACUUGAAAGAAGUUAAAAUACGUGGUGUUACAAGGGUGAAGGAGCAUGAAUCACUGAAUCUGACCUGCAGUGUUGAAAGUUUCCCUCUAUCUCUGAUUAGGUGGUCCAGACUUAGUUCUGACACAAACCUGAAAAGUGAUUCGAGAUCAGCAACAUUUAUAAUCCUAAAUGCAACAACAAAACAUGCUGGACAGUAUGUUUGUACGGCUCAAUAUAUGAACAAUACUCUGAAGGAGAAAGUCACUGUAAGGGUGAUGUAUUACAGGAAACCUCAGAUCGCUGGGAGAACGGUCGUUAAAGAGGGAGAUGUUCUGAAUCUAACCUGUGGCAUUGAAAGUUUUCCUCCAGCUCUUAUUGUUUGGAAAACGUUGACUUCCAAUAUAAAUCCUUACAAUGGAACUAACAAUGAUCUGUACAAUGAC